AUGGGUCAUCAUCACUGGAAACAAGUAAUUUCAAAAAAUACCGAUAGAACCAUUUUUAGUCGUACAACAAUUGGUUUGUUCACACGAUGUGAGCCUGACCCAACCAACAAAGUUGAACGAUGUUUUCCUAAUAUGUAUCCAGCAAUCAAUAGUGGAUGCCUUGGUACUACCAUAUCUAAUCGAUAUACUUGUCUUGCAAGAGCGUUAAAUGCUACCUGUGGAUGUGAUUUUCUACCAUCAACAAAAGGUAUUGCGGCAUGCGCAAUAAUUGCUGCUGUAUUUCUUGGUAUUGCCAUUAUACUUUUAUUUAUUCAUUCAAUAAAAACAACAGAAACUCGUACAAUAGGUUUAUGCCUUAGUUUUCUACCAUUAUUAUUACUUUUAUUAGCAUUCCUAUUUAUACUUACUGCACUUAUACUUGUUGGAACUUAUUUAUCACGAGAUGUUAUGCAGCUCCUUCGAACAAACUCUGACAAUAAUUGGGGUGAUCUUCGACAACGAGCUAAAGACGUAGCCGAUAUACGAAUCGGUUGGGCAUCUGGAUUGGAAAUAAUAGCCUUAGUUUUUACAUUCUUUUCGUUUAUUCUGUAUAGUAUCUUUGUUUUUAGACUUGGUCGAACAGAAUAA